CCCCGGCAAGGUGAGUGUAUAAGAGAAUUCCCUGGGCCCGGUUCGCCGUCGAAGGAGAGGAGGAAUGAAAGGCAGCAACCAGCAGCAGCAAUAACAACAGCAGCAACAGCAAAGUAAAGGAGGUAGAGAAGCCAGAAAUCCCGCUCACCGGCGCAUUUUACCUCGGGCCUCGGCACGGUCCGCACUCGGUCUCUCUCUCAAUCACCACCACCACCACGUAAAAUAUAAUAAAACUCCCCUCAACCUUCAGGAACGCAUACUUUCUCCGCAACUCCUAUUUUUUACAACUCUCCAAUUUUUUCUCUCCUCAGUUCUCUCUGUGCUGUAUAUGUGUGUCUCUAUAAGUUCGUGUGUGACGACAAUAUUCGUGUCUUGUGCUCCAACAGUGACCACCUUUUUUUUACUUUCCAAAAGAAGGUACUCUCAAUCUAAAUUCUCAAUCUAAAUUUAUCUCAAACUCUUAUUUUUAAAAGAGUUUGAUUUUUUAGAAGAGUGUUUGUUCUCUAUACAUUUUUGAGAAGGAAAAGAUUUUUGAAUUCUGUUUUCGAAACAGGAAACAACUGAGAAGUGUUUUGUUUCACCGUAGUUUCGAAAAUUCGGAGGAAGAAGAAAAAAGUGUUUCGAGCGGUACUGUUUUUUCAAAUCUGGAAGAAGGAGAACCGAAAAGUGGAACUAAAAAGUAGAAUCAAGAAGGAGAACCAAAAAGCAGAACUAAAAAACCAGAAUCUAGAAGGAGAACCAAGAAUCAGAAUCAAAAAGCAGCAUUAAGAAGGAGAACCAACAAUCAGAAUCUAAAAACAGAACUAAAAAGCACAAGCAGAAAGCAGAAUCCAUAAGGAGAAGCAAAAAAGCAGAACUAAAAAGCAAAACCAAGAAUCAGAACCAAGAACCAGAUUCAAAAAUCAGAAAAAGCAUCAUCAAGAAGCAGAACCAAGAAUAAAAAAUCACAACUAAGAACCAGAAUCAAGAAGAACUAAAAAUCAGAAUCAAGGAGAACCAAAAAGCAGAAAGAACCAAAAAACAGAAACAAUAAAGAAGAACCAAAAAGGAGAGUUGAGAACUUGGAAAAGCUGUGAAAAAAAACAGAGGAGGAGCGUUGCCAGGGCAACAACAACAACGAGAGCUAGGCGCGAUAAUUCGCGCUGGUCGCGAGGACGAGUGUUGUUGUCUCUUUAUUCAAAGUGAACUUUAUGACCCGUGGUGUGUGAGUGCGACGACACGGCAAAGUGCUUGCGGUGGUGUUUGUGCAUGAGAAAUAAUGCGGUAGGAUCAUGAGGAUCCAGGAAAGAUGGUUUCUGAUCGCGACGGCGGCUGUUUGCUUCCUAGGCGCGGUUUUCUGUGCCACGGACGCGAACACAUGGACCACGACACCCGUCGAUGACAACAUUCCAGGAGUAGAACCCCUGCCAACAGUUCAAAUAUCCGGAGGCGACACCAUUGCGAGGGUGGUUGAAACUAAAAAUGACUAUCCCACCAAAGAAGGAGAAAAACUAUCGGUGGAGAGCAAGAAGAAAGCUUUUGAUUUUAAACCAAAAGUGGAGAUGAAAUAUCCAAAGCCCGUUAAGGAGGAGCCAGUAACAGAGCCAGUAACUCAAACAGAAUCAAUCGAAACAACAACAACAAUUUUUGAAACAACAUUCGAAACAACAACCACCGAGGAAGAGGAAAUGGUGACGACGACGAUGGAAAAAUUAAUAGAAAGCAAUAAUAAAACCGAGGCAAUUCCUAUUUUGGUUCAAGGAGUGCCAAAUUUACUGCCCACACUCGACCUAGUUCAACCGGUUUCAAGUACCGAAAUAAUUCCCACAACGACGAUGAAAAUUUCAAUGUCCGAAAGUACCACAAAAGAGGAGGAAAUCUCAACAACGAUGGAAACAACUUCUUCGAGAGCCAGAGCUCUCAACAUAUCGGCUCCUGAGCCGACAAAUUCCUUACAUGCAAACGUAACGGAUCUCAGUGAUGUUAGCAUGGAUGCUGACGAUAAAGAAGUCGAAGGUGGCGAGUACAUUGCUCCAGAGAACGACACAAGUAUAAAUAUUUUCCCCACUUUGAUACCAAUAAUCACCUUUUGCACGGAAGCCAACAAAACAUUCGCAGUAGGCGAAAAAGUCACAAGAGGUUGCGAUGAAAAGUGUGUUUGUGGGGAGGACGGAAAAAUUACAGACUGUAAACCAAUGUGUGCAAAUCCCUACGUUCGGGCUGGUAAAGGAAUUCACGAUCCUCUUUGCGAGGAAAAAAUUAUUCCGGAGCAACCUUGUUGUGCAAUUAUGGUCUGUGCUGAAGAUUCAGCGACAGAACCAGAAGAAACCUGCAUUUUUGGCAACAAAACUCUGACCCGAGGUCAAAGAGUCGAAGAUGGAUGCACAAAAAUUUGUGUCUGCGAGACAGGAGGAUCGCUCAAGUGUCAACCUAGAUGUCCACCGAACGACACAACUUCCGGCGUAACUCAGCACGAUCGCUGUGUGGCCUUAACGGAUCCAAGUGAUCAAUGCUGUACCAUCACUCUCUGUGAUGUGACACUCGGAGAACAUGAACUAAAAUCCGAAAAUCCAGCAGAACUCUCAACCAAUUUGACAGACGUGAAAGUCCUCAAUUCGACUGCUAUUAAACUUGUAAUGUCGGCAAAAAAUCCCGACAAUGUGACGAUUGAACUCUCGGAAAACAAUCACGUUUGGAGACAAGUGAAACCCGACAAAGAGGGAAUUGUAUCUGGAUUGGAACCAGCUCACAGCUACUAUCUCCGAGUAUAUGAAAACGGACGAGUGGGUCAAGCUCUCCACGUCUCCUUAUUAGCAGAAGUGAUCAAGACCAAUGUCUCGGAAAAAGGUGACAAAAAGUCUUGCAACCAUAGAGGAAAGACUUACAAGAUUGGCGAAGAGUGGUAUGACGAGUGCAUCUCUUUAUGUUUCUGUAAUGAGAGUGCAAUGGCUGAAUGCUCAACAAUUCAGUGUCCCACUGAUUUUGGCCUAGACGCUCUAGAUCCAAAUUGUUUAGACUGGGAGACCGUUCCUCCUGAUUUUGAAGCUAAACCUCCUCAUUGUUGUGCUCAGGAAGUGAGAUGCAGAAGCAAUGGUUCCUGUAACUACGAAGGGCAAACGUACGAUAAUUUUAGAGAGCUUCCAUCAAAUAUAACAGGCUGUGAAAAAAGAUGUUUCUGCGAAAUAGGCAACGUUACUUGUUCGCCUGCCUGUCCUCCAGUGUCUGCUCUGCCACCAACUAAUUUACCAUGUCCACCGUUUAUGGCCGCAUUGACCUUCUUGCCAGGAGACGAUUGCUGCAAGGAGUGGACUUGCAAUAACACAUCAAUAACUUCAGGAGAGAACACAACGUCCGCGAUUCUCGGCUCUUUAACCCCAGACGCGAACAGUCGACCCAAGCUUGACGAUACCAAAAAACCAAACGAAAAGUCGGAAAUGUCCAGGCCCAACCAGGAACCAGAGCGCGGCGUCUACCCCUGGCAAUCACCCAAAAAAACCCAAACCACAAAAACCGAUCACGAAAUCUUCCACUAUCCAAUGGAUCCCGGCCAUCCUACAAUUCCUUACAAUGGUCCCUACAAUCCGGACUACAAACCAACCGAUCCCAGUGUCGAGGAACUCUUUGAUCUCUUCCCCCACGCCGAAAAAACCGCACCACCUCUCAAGGAAAAAUCCAAAGCCAAAUCAGACUCCAAGAAACCGGUCGAUCCCGUGAAACCCCACAAGGAAACUGUCGAGCAAUUCCUCGGCCCCUUCGCUCCCAAUCCCAAACGCCCCAAAGAAGAACACUCCGAAGAACCCCAAUUCAUCCCCCUCGACAACCACGAUCACUCCGGCCCCGUAUUCGACUUCAGUCCCACCAACGGCGAGAACAUCCCACCCGACCACUUUAACUCCCAAUUCGAAAACCCCGCCGCAGGUCCCCCUUACCGUGGACCCGGAAAAGUCGAACACGAUCCCAACCUUGUGCCCCCCAAGAAGAAAGACUCAUUCAAUGACGUAAAGGUCAAACCUUCAGGAGGCAAACCGAAUCAAAAGAAUCCGAACAUUCCCGACGACGAUCAGUAUCAUCCCUUCAUUCACUCUCUCUCCCAACACCCCGGUUUGAUUCACCUAGAGCACGGUCCUCCCACAGGUCACCAAGGUCUCUACGAUCUCCAUCAAAAAAUCGUAGGCCAAAAGAAUCCAGUCAAUCAAAUUCCUCCCUACUUCGGCAAUAAUGAUCCCCUACCGCCGAAGAAAGGCGCCAAACCCCAGAUCUUCACUCAAAAGAACGAAAAUGGCGAGACAACUUAUCACAUUCACACAUCAGAGAUUCCCAAUUCACCCCAACAAAUCGAAGAAUUAUUACUGUCCCACAUCUCCCAAAAUCCUAAUCUCGGUCCUUUCCAACAUUAUCCAGGUCAACAGGGCAUUGCCGGACACACACCACCUUCCCUGCCAAUUCAUCCCGACGAACAUAUUCCACAGUCUGGACUCACGCACUUGAACCAUCCGUUUGCCGCACAAACACCAAACCAGUCAGGACCCGAACAUGGACUACAUCAAGUCUUUCCAAUAUCUGGAGCACCGCCAGGUUUCUCUGGUCCAGGUGGUCAACAAGAUGAAGUCAGCGUUCAAGCCCUAGAAGCUUUAGACGAGCACACAGUCCGCCUAGUUUUUACUGUACCCGCAGUUCUCGUGGGACUUCACGGAAGAGUCGAACUACGUUACACCAGCGACAAGACAAACUUUGAGCCAGCAACGUGGAAGUCACAAGAGUUCGCGCCACCAGACGAUCUGAUAGCCACUCAGCAGUUGGAAUUCGAAUUGGGUGAUUUGAAACCAUCGACUGAUUACAAAGUCAAGAUCAUAGUCAAACUCCACAAGCUAAGCAAUACGCCAAUGAGUAAAAUUUAUAGUGUCAGGACACUGGACAAACUUCCAGAAGUUUCGACACUACCGCCACAGAUACCCAUCGAUGCCGAGCUUAGGAUUCAAGAAAUUAAUUCCACUUGGGCUAAUGUGAACUGGAAGAUUCUCUCUGAUUACGAACUUCAAUUUAUUGACGGAAUUCAAUUGAGAUAUAAAGAGCCAGAUAGUAAAAUUUACAUCACCACACCAAUGAUUCAUCGAAAAGUCACUAAUUUCGAGAUUGAAAAUUUAAAACCAUCAACGAAUUAUGAGGUGCAGAUUAUAUUUAUACCAUUCCCUGGGCAGACGACUGAAUUGAUUAGUGACAAGAAGAUUCACUUCACAACUUAUCAAGAGCCAGAUCCAUAUGCUUUCAAUAUUAGAGUCGAAAUCAACAAUGUCAAAUCUAGAGACGUGGAGGUCUCUUGGAAUGGAGUUCCAUAUCCUGAAGACAAGUACGUGAAUAUUUACAGGGCGAUUUAUCAGAGUGACAGUGGCAAGGAAGACACGAGUGUAUUUAAAAUUGCCAAAAGAGACUCGCCAGCAAAAACAAUUGUCAACGAUCUUAAACCUGGAACAAGAUAUCGUCUUUGGAUCGAAGUCUACUUGACGAAUGGAAAAAUCAAAAAGAGCAACGUUCAAGAUUUCGUGACGAAAGCUGGCGUUCCUCUUCCCUCAGGAGUUUCUGGAAAAUUGGCUUCGAUUCCUCUUCACGAAGGAGAUUAUUACGGGCCUUUGGUGAUAGUGGCGAUUGUCGCCUCCCUGGCUGUUUUGUCAACUCUAAUUCUGUUGAUGAUGCUGAUGAAGAGGAGGACCAGCAGCAAAGCCGAUAUUUCCCCUCGAAAAACAACUUCGGCCUAUGACAACCCUUCCUACAAGGUAGAAUUGCAACAAGAAACUAUGGACUUGUGAGGACACAGUAACAGUAAGCAACGGGCGGAACAAUAAACCAGCAGAACAUGAAAUGUCCACCAUGAACUCAAGUGCCAAUGCCAAGGAAAGCGCAUAAAUCGCCUAACUUAUUGCCUCAAGUCUAUUAGUUAUUUUAUAAUUAUAACUCCGUCCACAAAUUCAUCACAUGAGAUGAAAAAAAAAUCUAUAUAUAUAUAUAUUUGAAAUUCGAUGCUAAUUAAAUGACCCAUCGAAAUGAUAAUUCAGAUAUUCAAAUACCAGUAAAAAUGUAAAAUGCACUUGAAAAAUCAAAGAUCACAAAACGUAUUUGAAUCUAAGUCUGAAAAGCGAGCUGAAAAGUGUGUUGUAUGAAAGUUUGUAAAUAGAAUCCAUCUUGCAAUAUUUAAGUUUACAUGAAACAUAUUUAGAUAUGAAAAAAAGUAUUCGUUCUAUUAUUAAAAAAGAAAGAAUUAUAAUUAAGUAAAACAAUACUUUUCUGUAUUGUUACUUUUAUGUGUAAGAAAAAUUAUACGAAAUAAGCUAAAUUUCAUAUUAUAUUGAAGAAAUACGAAUAUAAAGUAAAAUAUGUAAGCAAAUUUCUAUAGUUUUAUAAGCAAACUUUAUAUUACAAUAAGCAAAAAAAAUAAGAGUAGAAACUAAUAGUUUUGUGUUUAAAAGAAAAAAAUACUCAGAAAAUCGACAAGAAAUUGCUAAAAAAUAUUUUUUUUAUAAUUCUUUUUACUUUUUUUGGAAAAUUGGUUGUGCCUUCAAUUUUUAUUGUAUACUUACAACUUUUUUUUUAUAUUGUAUUUUAUGCAGAUGUUAUUGAAUAUUAACGAAUAUUUUAUACAUAUUAUAUUUUAGUGAUUAAGGAGGUUCAUAUCAAUAUCGCCUGAUCAAAUUUUUGUACAGCUCUUAGAUUUGUAUUUAGUUUUUAAGAAUCUAAUAAAAACUAGAUAUAAGAAA